GAUUUAUUUAUUGGAUCACGUAAACAUAUAUAUUUUAAUUUAAAUACCUGUGAUUUACCACGUGUAUAAUUGCUGAAGUAUGGCGCGUGCAGUUCUUUGCAUGGCCAUCGCUUGCAUUUUAGUGCAAUGCGCAAUAUCUGUCAAAUUAGAUUCAGAAAAUCGUCGUCUUAUUCUUGAUAUUAAAGAUCAAAAGACGACCAAUAAGCAAUAUUAUUCUUCCAACUUCGAUACCAGCGCCUACCGCUACGGAUAUGACAUCGGCAAGACUGGUAAUUUCCAUCACGAGACCCGAGGUCCUGAUGGUGUCACAUACGGCUGUUACGGUCACAUUGAUCCCUACAAAGUAUUGCGUGCCACACACUAUGUAGCCGAUGCCCAUGGCUAUCGUACGGUCACACCUAUGGAACCUGUCGUCACCUACCCACCCACCAAUGACCCCAACGUCAAGAGUACUGGCGUGCUGCUACAAUGGGAUGAAUUAUAUUUCCCCAUUGGUUGUGGUAAAUUUGAAGGCGGCGUCCGCCCAAAUAUUCCAUUGAUCUUUGUUGAUAAUAAACCCGUUUCUCCCGGAUUCUCAAGUUCUUCGAAUUUGGUAUUCAAGGGUGCCGAUCAGAAGAGUCCUUCAAUCCAUAGAUACGGCGUUGGCAAUGGUGCCUUCCAGUUGGAUGAUGGUGCCUCCCGUUUGCAAUCGCCUUCGAAUCAAGUUGUUUCGGCAUUGAAACCCGGAAGUUAUAACAGCGGAAGCUACAAUGGAGGUGGUUCACCAGCUGCCGUGCCCUAUAAUCAUGUGGUUGGUGCCCAGGGAGGAAAUGGUGGAUUUGGUGGUAAUGGCGGUAACGGUGGCUUCGGAGGUAAUGGUGGUUUGGGUCCCAAUGGUCCAAAUGGACCCAACGGUCCUAAGGGACCCAAAGGUCCCAAUGGUCCAUUUGGCCCCAAUGGCCCACCAGGUCCUCCUGGCUCAACUAGCAUUGGCCCCAAUGGACCACCAGGUCCUCCCGGCCCAACUGGCUUCGGAAAAGGAUCGGGUUCGGGAACCCCAGGAAAACUUGGUCACAACGUGGGAUUCGGCGGCGGAUAUUCUGGCAGUUUAGAAGGACAGGCAUCGACCGGUUUUCCUGGGGCCAUCGGAUACACCCAAGAUAAUGGUAAAUAUGAAGAUGGAAGAUAUAAAGGCAUUCAAGAGGGUAAAUAUUAUCAUGACAAUUCUGGUAAAUAUGUUCACAUUGAAGGACCUACUGGACCACCAGCACCACCAUAUGUGCACGUAACUGGCCCCGAAGGAGGUUAUGGCGGUAACGGAGGUUUUGGCGGUGAAGGCGGACGUGGUGGUAAUGGCGGCAAAGGCCCCGGCGGUCCUAAAGGACCCGGCGGCCCAAAGGGUCCCGGUGGACCUAAGGGUCCUCCCGGACCAAAUGGACCUCCAGGACCACCUGGACCACCUGGAUCAACCAAACCAGGACCAAAAGGCCCCUAUGGACCUCCAGGCCCACCCGGACCACCUGGCCCAACCGCACCAGGACCAUAUGGACCACCCGGACCACCUGGUCCAACCGCACCAGGACCAUAUGGACCACCCGGACCACCCGGACCAACUAAUCCCGGCAGACCAGGACCCCCAGGGCCAUACAAUCCGGGCCCACCAGGACCUCCAGGGCCAUCUCGUCCCGGCCUACCAGGCUCCGAUCGUCCCGGCCCACCCGGACCACCAGGCAGGGAACCACCAUAUCCAGGCGGUGACAGAGGCUACCUACCACCCAAAAAAGAUGAUCCCCGGGAAUCGACAUACCAGAACAAUGGCUACUUGCCACCAAAGGGUAAAGAUCCACCAAAUAAUAAAAAAUACGAAUCAUAUUCUUUAAGCAUUAAUCCACCACCAACCACGGUGACUGUCAAUAAGCAGACCGCUUUUGUGUCCAAUUAUACAGUCAGCAACAAUGAAAGUACACAAAAGAAGGUCACAACCACAUCCACAUAUACCACCAAUACCAAUACAAAUACAAAUAGCAAUAAGUCAAAUCAAUAUAAUAGCAAUAUUAAUGUCAAUAGCAACAACAACAGCAACAAUAGGAAUCAAAACCAAAAUAAUUACGAUGAGAAAAAAUUCAAUCAAGUACUAACCUAUAUUCCCCCUUCUUCUUCCACUCCCACUCCCACAUCCUCCCAACAACAACAAAAAAUCACGACCACUACCACCACCAACAAAUUUAUUGGCAACCCAAAGCUUCCGGACGUCGCAACUGAAAAGGACAAUUACUAUAAGACCCAUACAACUACAACGACGUCGACGACAACAACAACAACAAAUCAAUCUCAAAAUGGUAAUAAUAACAAGAAAGCAACAGGUUUGAAUAUUGAAAAGACCUCCUUUGGAACGAACGUUAACAAAGACCGUGACAGUAAAGUGACCGUGACAACGACAACUAACAAUAACAACAACAAAGUUACCAGCGGCUAUUUGCCACCACAAACUAUUGGUUACGAAAAGGUUGUAAGCACCACCUCGGGAGGUGGUGGCGGCGGCAGUGGUGUCAACAAAAUCACCACUACCACAACCACCACCAAUACCAAUACCUUUGGUGGCCAACCUUUCCAAAAAGUCACCGAAAAAGUCACUGGUAACUAUGUGAGCAACAAUGCCUAUAUCAAUCGUACUCCUGAACAAAAAAUCCCCACUCAAACCCAGACCUUCACUCCCACGGUGACUGUUAGCAAAACACCCACACAGACGCAGACACAAAAACAGACAAUUACCAAGAACACUACGACAAAGACCCAGACUCAGACUCACCACGGUACUACUUAUCAGCCACAACAGAAUGUAACCUUCCAUCCCACUCUUUCCCAGACAACAACCACAAAUAAUUGUCAAUGCCAAGCUGAUAAGGCUCAUUCAUCUACGACAUCCUUCAACGCCAAUAGCAAUAGCAAUCCCAGCAGUUCCUCUUUCAACUCCUUCAACAGCAAUCAAUUCCAACAGCAAUUUACGACCGGUAACGGCUUCGCUGGUCAGGCUCACUUUGGCGGCAUUAUGAACUCGAUGGCUUUUCUGCAACAAAUCCCCGUUAUACCUCAAGUGCCCGGUUACCCGGCCUUCUAUGCUCCCGAUAAAAUCCCCAAGGGUGCCAUAGUAGCAUUUAUGCCCGUAGUUAUAUUGCCCGAGGCAGCCUAUGCCAAUUGCCAAGAGAACUUGAAUAAACAACAACAACAGCAACCAUUUGAUCCUUUGCCCUUGGGUGUCCAACCUGCCCCCUUCCCAUUCGGUUCUAGUUUGAAUUCCAUAUUCCCCGGUGGUGGUGCCAGAAAAGAUCAGUGUAUGUGUCCCUGUUCGUGUACACAGAAUAUACCCGAUCACAGUCACAAAAAACGUGAUACAGCCACUGCCGAGGAUGAACCAAAACCUCUAGAAGAGGAAGACGAAGCACAGGCAAUUGGUGCUGAAGCGAGCAAUGUUGAGAAAGAGGUAGAAGUACCAGCAUUAGUUGUUGAAAAGGAUCUUCAGGAAAACGAACAGGUACAGUCGGCAACUGAGACAAAAGCUAACGAUACGACAAACAGUGAAACGACCAAUUGA